GUCUGACAGUGAACGAGCCUUCCUUGUGUUUUUUUUUUUUUUUUUUAAGUUGGGUUUUGAUAUCAAUCAGUGUUUGGAAGUUGGAGGAGAGGCGUCUGUGAGCGAUAUCCCGACAAGAUGGAGGCCUGUAUGAUGAAGCCAGCGGUCAAAAAGAAGCCGAAACCGCCCAAACCUCCUCCAAAGCCCACAGAGAUGAAAGGAAAUGAGGCAGACAGGGGUGUGAAGCCAACUCCUGUGAUACCUCCUCGCCCUGCAGAUGCUGAGCUGGGUCACACACAGUACAGAAUGAAAAGAUCAGCAGCCUCAAACAACGAGCCGAAUGGCGACAUCCAGCAACGAAACACUAAACUAAAACCAUCUGAAACCCCCGUUGUCCCGCCGAGACGCACAGAAAAGGAGCCAAAUGCAGCAACCAGACACGGCGAGCCCAGAAAGACUUCCAGAGAAACUGACCAGCCAGAAGCUGCUGCAGAUGAAACGGAUUUCAAGCAGAGUAAUCAGUGGGACCCGACAGGAAUGUUUCGACGCAGCCAAAAAGAGAAGACGCCAACAUUUACCAGCUACAUGACCAAAGUCUUUGAUCAAGAGGAAAAAUCAGCUGACGUCGCGAUCAAACAGGCUCCCAGCAACAAACCGGUAUCUGGCGUACUGAAAGGUGUAAUGAAAGGGCUGCAGUUCAAGUCCUCACCAAAGGCCAGCAGAGAGCCCAGUCCUGAUCCCAGUGCAGAAGAAGCCAGUUCAGAGAAGGAACAGCUAGAAGAGGAAAACAAUGUCGAACAUAAACAGGACAAAGGAGGCCGCCUUGCUGGAAUGUUUAGGAAAUCCCCCAAAGAGAGAUCCUCCUCUCCUGCUCUGAAGGUCAGUAAAGCAGACAGUGAGUCUGAAGAUGUGGAGAAGGAAGAAGAAGACGAGAAAACAUCUGAAUCAACACAUCACAAAGGAGGUUUCUUCUCUGGCAUCUUGAAGAAGUCCAGCAAACCAGCAGAUGAGACGUCCGCACAGGAGAAUCUGAGUGAACACAAGGAGCUUUCUGCCAGCAGCGACAGUCUGUCUGACAAUGCCAAGGAAAAAGGAGGAAUUUUCAGUGGGAUAUUCAGGAAAUCACCAAAGCCAGCCGAAAGUGAUCAGGACCAACGGUCUCUUUCUGGGGAUCUCUCAGGCAGCAAUGACAAUCUGAUGGAGACGAACUCAAAGGACAAAGGCUUUUUCAACGGGAUCCUCCGUAAAUCACCAAAGAUUGUAGGAGAUGGGAAACAUGAGCAGGAAAAAGAGGUUGUGGAGUCAGACUUAUCCGCCAGCAACGAGAAUCUGUCUGAAAACACUAACGUCAAAGAAAAGGGAAAUGUGUUCAGUGGGAUGUUUAGAAGAUCUCCAAAACCAUCUGAAGGCUUGGAGGAGGGUGACGAGCCGCUGCACGGCAAGCUCUCCGCCAGCAGUGACAGCCUGUCGGAGAACAAGGAGAAAGGCGGCUUUUUUGGUCUCCUGAGAAAGACGCCAAAGUCAACAGCAGAGGAGAAUCUGGCAGCAAGCAAAGACGUCUCAGGGAGCAGCGACAGUCUGUCUGAAGCUGUGAGCAGAAAGGAGAAAAAGACGCAAGAAGAGGAGCCCUCAAGCACUGAAGGUCCAAAUGAAAACCCCACCAGGGAAAAAGGACGACUAUUCGGGGGAAUGUUCAAGAAAACUCCCAAAUCGGCAGGAGCCGCUCAGUCAGAAGAGGACGCAGUUUCUGACACUGAUGUCUCAGCCAGCAGUGAGAAUUUAUCUGACAACAAACAGGAGAGAGGUGGAGGUUUGUUCAGUGGACUCCUCAGAAAGACUCCCAAAGGAGAAAAGACUGAGACGCCGGACAGAGAGACUCAGAGAGAGCUGUCAGCCAGCACUGAAGACCUGGCUGAGAACAACAAGGAAAAAGGAGGAAUAUUUGGUGUGAGGUUGAAGAAAACUCCUAAAUCUGCAGAAUCUGCUCAGCCUGAAGAGGACGCAGUUUCUGACACUGAUGUCUCAGCCAGCAGUGAGAAUUUAUCUGACAACAAACAGGAGAGAGGUGGAGGUUUGUUCAGUGGACUCCUUAGAAAGACUCCCAAAGGAGAAAAGACUGAGAUGCCGGACAGAGAGGCUCAGAGAGAGCUGUCAGCCAGCACUGAAGACCUGGCUGAGAACAACAAGGAAAAAGGAGGAAUUUUUGGUGGGAGGUUCAAAAAAACUCCUAAAUCUACAGAAUCUGCUCAGCCUGAGGAGGACGCAGUUUCUGACACUGAUGUCUCAGCCAGCAGUGAGAAUUUAUCUGACAACAAACAGGAGAGAGGUGGAGGUUUGUUCAGUGGACUCCUCAGAAAGACUCCCAAAGGAGAAAAGACUGAGACGCCGGACAGAGAGACUCAGAGAGAGCUGUCAGCCAGCACUGAAGACCUGGCUGAGAACAACAAGGAAAAAGGAGGAAUUUUUGGUGGGAGGUUCAAGAAAACUCCUAAAUCUGCAGAAUCUGCUCAGCCUGAAGAGGAUGCAGUUUCUGACACUGAUGUCUCAGCCAGCAGUGAGAAUUUAUCUGACAACAAACAGGAGAGAGGUGGAGGUUUGUUCAGUGGACUCCUCAGAAAGACUCCCAAAGGAGAAAAGACUGAGACGCCGGACAGAGAGACUCAGAGAGAGCUGUCAGCCAGCACUGAAGACCUGGCUGAGAACAACAAGGAGAAAAACAUUUUCAGCAACAUGUUUAAGAAAGCACAAAAGCCAGCAGCAGAGGGCGCUAAAGCAGAGACGGACACGGACGCUGAAGACCAGUUGUCUGCCAGCACCGAGAACCUGGCCGAUGCAGCCGCCCCGAAGGAGAAAAAAGGAGGCCUGGCUGGAAUGUUCAAAAGAUCGUCGAGCUUUGACAACCUGUUAGACGAGGACAAAAAUAUUUUCAGUGGCAUGUUUAAGAAGACUCCCAAGCCUGCAGAUGAGGCCUCAUCGGCGCCAGGCAACAACACAACCUUAUUUGGCAGCUCUGAAGAUCUGUUGGAGGCAAACGCAACAAAGGAGAAAACAGGAGGAUUUGCAGGGAUCUUUAAAAAGUCGCCCAAACCAUCCCCGCGCUCUGUCGUGACUCGGGAUCCUCUGAGCGACUCCAAGGAGCUUUCCGGCAGCUGCGACAGCCUCACAGAGGCUGGAAAGGAUGAAAGCUCUUCUCAGAAUGAACUGUCAGGAAGUACAGAUAAUCUUUGUGACACUCCCAGUAACACUAAGGAGAAAAAAGGCGGGUUUUCCGGGAUGUUCAGACGAACGCCUAAAAAUGUGGAGCAGGAGGAAGGUGAAGACGCACCGCCACCUACUGGACGCGGGCUGAGUCGCAAGAGAACCAUAAAGAAGAAAAGAAGAGUUGUGUCUUUCCGAAUCAAGAAAACUCUGCCCAAAAUGUCCAAAGAGAACUCCAAUAAGAUGCCUUUGAUUGAGGAGAGCGUUGAGUUGGAGGAGCUGAACGCACCACAGGAGAGCACGGUGGUUCUGGAGCCUGUGGAGAUGGCAGCCUUUCCGACAGAAGAAAACCAAACCCAGGCUGAGGAGGAGAACAAUGAGCUGAUGGAGUGGUGGAACUCAGUCAAAGGUUGGACCGAGUGGAACGAGAGCUCGAAUUUCCAGGAGGAGGAUGAACAAAUGGCGAUGGAGCAGGCAGCCGACCGCGUCUACAUGGCAGCCCGUGUUUUCGUGUUCCUCUUCAACCAGAAGGGGGCGGCCUUGCAGCAGCGCAUCCUGGAGCUGCUCUCAGUGGCUGAUGCCGCCGACCAGUUCCACAAGAAGACGGUGUCGGCCGCCGUGGGUGGAGGCGUGGCCAGCGUGGUGGGCAGCGUGGCAACCAUCACCGGGCUCAUUCUGACGCCGUUUACCUUCGGGGCGUCCAUCAUCGUCACGGCGGUGGGGAUCAGCGUGGCGACGGCCGGCAGCAUCACGUCGGCGACGGCCAAUAUCACCGACACCGUGCACUCCAACAUGGACCGGAAGAAGGUGGAGAAGAUGAUCCAGGGCUACCAGGACGAGAUCCAGGACAUCAGGAAGUGCAUGGACUUUGUGCAGGAAGGCAUGGACACCCUGCAGGACUGGGAUUUUGAGAAGUAUUCCCAAAGUGCCGGCAAAAAGGCCCUGAACCACAACAUCAAGCACGUGAUGAAGGAGGGAGGCCGGGCCGGGAAGGCCCUGAUGAUCAACACCGACAAGCUCAUCAGCACCGUGCAGGUUCUGGGCGCCGCUGGCGGCGUGGCCAAAGCCGCCCAGGCCAUCAGCGUCACCACCGGCGUCAUGUCCGCCCUCUUCCUCGCCCUGGACGUCUUCUUCCUCGCCAAAGACUCCCACGAGCUCCGCAAGGGAGCCAAAACCAAGUUCGCCGGCAAGAUCAGGGAGGUGUGCAAGGACCUGCAGGACGGCCUGCUGGAGCUGAACAAGGUGAAGACGCAGCUGCAGAAGACCAUGGACGGCAUCGAGGUGGAGGAGUACGAGGAGAUCGAGGAGGUGGAGGUGGAGGUGGAUGAAGAGUUUGAGUCGGAUCCCAAGAAGCUGGCGGAGCUGGAGCAGGAGAUCGACUUCCUGGAGGAGAAACUGGACAAGAAGGAGGUGGAGAAGAAAGAGGAGGUGGAGCCCAAGAAGGGCAAGGAGACGCCGUUCGACAUCUUCAAAAUAAAGAAGGAGAAGAAGGAGGAGAAGAGCACGACGGAGAAGGGAGAAGUGGAGGAAAAGGAGAAGGGCGAGAAGACGUCUGCGUCCAGAUCCGAGCAGAAAAAGGGGAACGAACCCGGCGUGAAAACGGCGAAAGAAGCUUUGAAGGAAUCUGAGAAAGGAAGCAAGAAAGAGAAAGAGACGGAGAAUCAGGCGACAGCCGGGAAAGAAAGCAGAGGCAAGAAAAAGUCGAAGGAAGACGAUAAAACGGCAGAAACAAAAGAAACGGAGCCGAGCGACACGCCGAUCCGAUCCGCUGAUUCUAAAAAAGACAAAAGUUUCACUCCAAGUGGAGGGGAGGGGAGAACUGAGAGGAGGAGGAGCAGCAGGGAGGACGGAGGAGCGAUUACGUCCGAGUCUGGAAACGGGAGCCGGAGGAGACACGGCAGCAGGAGCGAGAACGACGGAGAGAAACCUGAAACACGAGAACGGAGGGAGGAGAGAGGAGUGAAAGACUGGAGGGCAGAGAUGAAGAGCAGGAGGGGAGACGAGAGAAGAGGAAGCAAGGAGGAGGAACGAGAGGAUCGUCCCUGGAGCAAAGAGUCCCAUCGGAGCCACAAAGAGGAGGACAAGACGAGGCGCCACAGCCGGGAGGGCGAGGAGCGCCAGGAGAAAGGAGACGGGAACCGGAGCAGCCGCACGGAGAGCGCCAGGAAACGCUUCGAGAGAGCAGCAGCAGGAGAGCCACCGGGGGCGGAGAGAGAGAGUCAGAGGAGGAGAGGAGGCGACAGGGAGCACGCGCACAGCCGGAGAGGCUCCCGGUCCAAACACGAAGCCCUGAGGCACGAGGGACUGAACAUCUGAGCCUCCGCCUCCUGGUCCGCUGAGAUCAGGAGGAGCGAUCACACCGAACCUCAUUCAGCCGGUCUGAUAAGGCCAUGGAGUCACAUGAUGAACAAUCGACCAAUCAGGGUUCAGUUCACUUUAAAACUACAAGGAGUCUCCACAGCUCCAAGACUCCUGGUCCAUAGUGGUGAAUCUACAGGUGUGCGUCACACAUAAACUGACCUGAACGGCUCCCUGGCUGCUUUACUACCUGAACUAAACCCUGAGUACGUACACUGGUGGAGAAACAGGGCUGGCCACUACAACGGAUACUAACAAUUUCAUCUUUGUAAAUAUAAAAAUGGAUGAUUUAGUUCUUAGGCAGUCAUAGAGACAAUCCGCAGGUUAUGCUUUUUUUUGUACGGCCAAAUGAAACUGGAUGCAGGAAUCUGCUUCAGAGAAUAAUUAAACCAAAACCUUUUUAUUAAUUAGGGUAAUUUCACCCUAUAUAUCAUCUGGACAUUUUUCACUAAUAACUAUGUUCCUUUUUCACCUUUUGUCUGAAAACGAUGCUGUUUCCUGCCACUAAACAGCUGGAAACCCUUAACAGGUCAUCUGUGAAACCAUGUUCCUUAAUUUUUUUUAAACAUGUUCCAAACUUUUAACCUUGGUGUUGAAAACAUGGCGUCUGUUACUGUUUGAUGUUGCUGCUGCUUUUGGGGUAAAACUGAAAAACUAAUAUUUAAGUGCCUUGUUUUGUUACAAAAAAUGCUGCUUGCAGUAGGCUAUCGUCUAAUAUUUUUUUUUUUUUUUUUUUAUACAUAUUAUUUUCACUGUCAGCUGUUUUAAUUCCAGGUUCUCUAAAAACUCUACCUGGAGCUUUACCAGGUUGGUAAAAUAACAAAUGUUACAAAUGUUCUUCCUCUCAGGCGCACUUUAACCAGGCAUCGGUUCCUCCAUGCCUGCUCUUUUCCAUCAUGGCCACUGCCUUUUUAUAUGUUUGUUGUAUGUUUUUAUAUAUGUAUAUGUGGGUUUUCUAUUAUUAUGGUCUCUUAUUGAACAAAUAAAA